UCUCCCAUCGUAGAGGACGAGGAGAUGGCGAUAAAGUGAGUUACUGCAUAUUUGAUUAUUGGGCCUUUACCAUUUUCAGCAGGCAACAGCUUACAGCAGCCAUGUGGAAAAUACCAAGGAGGUUUUCACUCACUGGUAGAUUGUGUUGCUUUCCCAAGGAUCCACUGGGGGAUGUUGAGACUUGGAGUGAGUCUGUGGACAAAGUCCUCAGUUGUAAAGCUGGACAGAUAGCUUUUCGGGAGUUCCUGAAGUCCGAGUAUAGCGAGGAGAACAUUCUCUUUUGGCUUGCCUGUGAGGAAUAUAAAAAAAUCAAGACGGUGCCAGAGAUGAUCUCCUCUGCCAACAGGAUCUACUCAGAGUUUGUCCAAACAGAAGCGCCCAGACAGAUCAACAUAGAUUGCGGUACCAGAGAAAACAUAACCAAGAACAUCUCCCAGCCUUCCCUGACUUCGUUUGAUACGGCACAGAAGCUCAUCUACUCUCUGAUGGCCAGGGAUUGCUACCCGCGCUUCCUAAAAUCUGACAUCUAUCAGGGACUCCUGAGGAGAACUGAUUCAAGGUGACUGUUUUAAAACUGACAGCCUCUCAGACGAAGGCUCGUGAAAUCUUCUCUCCAACUCUGAUCUGCUGUGGCACUCUUUGAUUUCAGUGUGGAUAACAGGUUUAUGCCAUACAAUCCAGAUCCCAAGUAUAGCAGAAUUAGCUUUUCUCAACCUGUGUGAUUCAGUAGACAGUUGCAGCUCAAGAAAAUUUUUGGCUUGUAUUAUACUUUAUCUCUUUAAUUAUGUUAUUAUGCCCCAUGAAGUUAAUAAUAAAAAGAUUUUCUUU